UGGGGAGUAAAAAACAAACAUUGGUGGAGCCUCACAGAGUCAAAGCUACCUGAUUGGAUAAGAUGUUGCCUUAAAAUUGUGUCAGCUUUCACUGAUUGGCUGUGAGUUUCGAGGGGCGGGGCUUAUUCCUAACAGGGAUACGUACGUUUUACUCUUAGCUAAGCGCUGUUUAGGUCACACUCAGGAAGCUGUCACACAGUGCACUGUAAUUACAUCGUCAUUUUCCUGAGUUUUACAACAUUUGUUGCGUCGGAUGAAGCAAUUGGAAUGAGAAGUAAACAGAUAUCGUUUGUUGUUUUGUUUUAGUUAUUUUAAUCAAGGUUUAAUUUUAAAGACCGUCUGCAGCAGCAGCGGAGCUCCUGUAGCUUCACUACUCCUGAGCCUCUAGGCGGUGUUUGGGUGUCCAGCAGGUGGACACCGAUGCGUUUGACCGUCACUUCAACAACCGGCUUCCCGGUGGAGCUCAGUGUCCACCGGGGAGAGACUGCCGAGGGUCUGAGGAGGCUGAUCUCACAAAAACUGAGGCUGCAAACAGACAGGAUCAUAGUGGUUCAUAAAGACAGGCACCUGACUGCGGGGGCACUGGUGGAGCAGGGAGUGACAGAUGGCAGCAGAUUGACUCUGGUCCCUGUCAUUGAAACUGGUUCAGCGAAUUCAACUAAAGAGAGGACAGUGAUGAACACCUUGGAGAGUUUAACAGAGUCCCAGAUAAACGACUUUCUUUCUGGACGCCUGCCUCUAACCCUCAGCCUGGGAGCCGGUGCUCAUACAAUGUAUGUCCAGCUCCAAAUGACGCAGAAAGUGAGGGAGCUCCAGCGGAACAUGGACUCAAUAGUUCAGCCCAGAUGCACGCGUCAACCUGCAGAGAUGAACAAUAUGGACUUGCAUGAAUCUUCCUCUGAUGGAUCCUCCAUGGGAUUCAGCUGCUCAAAGACGUCCUCUCCACCUUUAGUUUCAGCUCAUUCUACAUCCCUGCUCCAACGCAGCACACAUAGACCCAGAACUGACUUCAUAUCUUCAACAAAUGCAGGAUCUGGUAGCUGCUCAUCUGCCUGCACACCUUGUCCAAUUUUGAAUCCUACACCUUCCUACAGUCUACCUCAUGCAGCUACACCAGUCUGUUCAUCCAGACCAUCGGGGUCUGAACCAGGACGCCUGAGUCCAGCACCAGCUUCAACCUUUGUAGAGGGCGAUGUUCCUGGACAGUUAAAGCCUCCAGGAGCUGUUAUUGACAGUGUUACGAGUCAUUCUCCAGGUGUCUUCUCUGGAACUUUCUCUGGGACCCUGGGCCCCUGCAGACACGGAGGCAUCAGUCAUCCCCGUCGUGGCAUUGCCAUAAUUCUCCAAAUCCUUAACGACCUGCUCAGAGCUGCCUGUCACCACCAGGGGGCGCUGCUCCCUCCUUUAUGUCAUCUCUGCACUGCCUCAAAGCUUCCAGGCAGCCAUCUCACUGCAGAGGAACCAUGCAAGCAAACAAACACACCUCCUAUAAGCCAAAGCACGGAACGCAGCGGGGAUGAGAGUCAUAUGCUGCACACCUCUGAAGAGGAGAAUAAAACGUUGCAUUCUAAGAUGGAGCGCCUUCAGCUUGUGAUGCAUCAGAGGCGGCGCCGCAGGGAGAUACGUAGGCGUUUGUUGGUCCAUGGAGCCCCUGGGCGAAACCAGCAUAGGCACCACCGUUCCUAGUGUUCUGCACUAAAGAAAUCCACUCACUGUGACUUCUUGUUGUGUCUCAUAGAGUAGCAGAGAGCAUUCCAUUUUACGCAGUAUAUAAAACCACACAGGUGUCUGUGUUUACAUUGAGGCAUCUGUUGAGCUACUUCACAUAAACAAAAGGGGUUGAAACCAGUUUUUUUUUACUUAGCAUGAAUGUUGAUGGCUCUUAUUGUAGCAUAUAACAUGACAAAAAGCUGAUUGUUUUUCUCUGAGGGCUGCUGUUGAAGAGGGUUUCUGCACUCGGAUUAUUUGUUUAAGCUGUAUGGGCCUUUGGGGCUUGUUAUUAACUCUUAUUACCAACAUGUAAGAGGCAGCAAAUCAGCGAUGGAAAUGUUUCAGGACUAAAUCUUUUGAGUCAUGAGUUGUGCCUUACAACAACAUGCAGUAUUUAAAUUCCUCCAUCACCGGUAUCAGUAUCCUAAGCUCAUAAAAUAUGCACAUGCUCCCUUUCUCGUCCUUAAAGGGACAGUUUAGGAUUUUUAAAAUUGAGGUUCUUUAAAACGUCACAGGUAGUUACUAUCUGACCUACUGUCGAUAACAAUCUUAUAAAUAAGAAUGUGGCCAAUAGCUUUGUAAUAAAAUGUUUAAUACCAAGAUCAUGUGUGCAGGUUAGAGUUAAAACCAAUUACAGUGUUUUAGAGCCUAAUUGGAAGAGUAGACAUCUUCCAAUGCACAUUUUGACUCCAGAUUCCUCCUGUUCCGUGCCCAUGAGCAAGGAACUUAACUCCAAGCCACAUGCUGAUCUGCAUAUUGGUGUUUGAAUGUUUCAGUGUGAUUAGGUCAAUAUGGUUGUGGUGUAAAAUGCUCUGAGCUGGCAGCAUGACUAGAAGAGUGCUUCAUAAAUUCAGUCUGUUUAUGGUGAAAGUGACCCAGAGGGAUAAAGACAUUUGAAAAUGUUUUUAGAUAUUCCAAUAAAUAUCCACCUAAACAACCUUGCUGUUUUUCAGCAC